AUGGGUGGAGGUAACUUCUCGCAAUUAGUGACCAAGAAAGUCAUGGCUGACUUCAUCAAGAACAAUCUAAUAUGUCGCUUCGGUGUACUGGAAUCCAUCAUCACAGAUAAUGGCGCCAAUCUGAAUAGCCAUUUCAUGAAGGACAUCUGCGAACGAUUCAAGAUAACCCACAAAAACUCUACCGCCUACCGACCACAGAUGAAUGGAGCUGUAGAGGCCACCAAUAAAAACAUCAAGAAGAUCUUGACAAAAAUGAUCGACAAUUACAAGAAUUGGCACGAGCAGUUGCCUUAUUCUUUGUUGGGAAGCGGAGAUCCCUUCACUCAGGAUCAUCAAGAGGCAGAGCUGAAUGAUGCAGAAUGGGUCAAAAAUCGGUAUGAGCAACUGGCCAUGAUAGAUGAGAAAAGAAUGGUGGAAGUAGGCACGGACAGUUGUACAAACAAAGAAUGUCACGACCCUUCAACAGUCGGGUCAGAGCCUGACUCUUGCAAAUCGGUCAAUUCAUAUUCAAGCGAGUCUUCCCUCAUCAAGAAGAAUACAAGGGAAAGUUUGCACCAAACUGGAAAGAACCAUACAUGGUCAGGAAAGACAGCAGGCACGUCAUCAACAAGGCUUACUCACAGCAAAAGCCAAAAGCAAACUCAGCUAGGCGGCGAAGUGCCAGAAGGUCAUAGCAGAGAAUGGGCGAUAAAGACAAAUCUGACCAUGAGGGUCACGAAAAGAAUGAACAACAAAGGCACAGCUGACCAAAAGGAUCAUGAAAAGAAUGAAUGA